CUUCUUUUGUGGUCGUUGACUUCCUUGGUGAACAUUCAGUCACUGUUGUCCCAACCAAAUGGACAGAAGAUGAUGGAAAGAAUACCUUCUGCUAUUGGCCAAGGCCAAAUCCUACCCACUCCAGAAUCCGGAAAGCUGAGAUUCCUGACAAACAAUUCUGGGAGAGGCUGCCAAUUCGGGUUUUCAGGAAAACAUUGACUGAAGACUUUGACAAGGCCCUUCAAUACGAAAAACAAGCUAAAAUGUUUUCGAGCCCAGAAGAAUGGUUAACCAAACGGAGCCACAUCACCCCUGAACGCUAUAGAAACGAUGAGGAAGAUGUGUUUGAUGCUGACGAUGAAGAGGAAAUUCGGUCAAAAAAGAAGUGCAGAAAAGAGAAAACACAGAUCUUCGUCCAGGCACCCCCACUGCCAGAGCUCCCAACCUUUAACUUUCCAAUCUCCAGCGAGUUCCAGACCACUUCAGCCAGUACCAGCCAAUACCAAACCACUCCAAGGCAUCCAGGCCGACCUCACAGCUCAGCGAGAAGCAGCACUUCCAGGCUCAGUCCAGACAGGAAUGCAUCCAGCUCAAGCCAGUACCAGACCACUCCAGCCAGUACGAGUCAGUACCAGACCGCUCCAAGAAGCAGCAGAAAUGCCCUUGACAGUGAACUUUUCCAGUUGAACAUGAAAGUUCAAAAUAUACUUGAGAACCAGGGAGAAAUUAUGCGCAUGCUGAGAGGGCUGGCAGCACAGUCUGUGGGGCCAGAAUCUGUGGAUGUUCAAGAUCUCAUUGAUCAGCCUUUCGAGACUCUUGAGCAGCUGAAGGCCUUCUGUGAACGGCUCGACACUGAUCUUCUGCUCAGAAAGCAGCUGGUGAAAGCUCUUACUGCUCUUGGUGGGCAGAAUUUGGCAGACACGGUGAGGACAAUGCUGAGGAAAAUUGCCACAAACAAAGUCCUGGAGCAGCUUGGCCUCCGUGGAAAGUCAGGAAAAGUGGCGUUUGAGGACUUGCCCCUUUACAGAAUAAUAAAUAAGGCAUGCAGGGGUGUUUACAAGCAGACGACCACAGCUGAAGUGGAUUGUGAGCUUGGAGCGGUCCUGAAACUGGCCACUUUUCGAAAGGGAGGUUCAAAAUUUGAGGAGAAGAGGAGGAAUUAAGAGGGAGGACAAAAAAGAAAAAAGAAACAAGCAAAAGAACAGAGUGAGAUGAGAGGAUUUGGGUUUCCCUGCUUGGGCUGCUGCCCCCGCGACCCGACCUCGGAUAAGCGGAAGAAGAUGGAUGGAUGGAUUUACUUCCAGGAAGAGAACCAAGAAGGGGCAGGAUACACUGACGCGCACGACCAAGACCACUGCAUUCCAUUCCAUUUAUAAAUGAUAAAUGGGUUAUAUGUCAAAGCGCUUUGAGUACCUU